AUGGGUCAACCGAAUCCGCCAAACUAUCACAACGUCACGGAACAGUUCCAGAAAGAGAGGAACAUCACGGGCACAGCACUCAUCAACUAUGCUCUUCAAAACCCCAACAAUGACACCGCGGUCGGCAUGGCUAAAAAGUACUGUUCCCUUGGAUGCACACCAGCCUGUCCGGAGUCCUGGCGGGCCAUCUUCUACCGACCCAGUGUUGGCGGCAACUCUGUCUACAUGGACAUCUUUCUGCUGAUCUUGAUCGCCCAAAUCUUCUUCGGAGUUCGACAUCGAACAUGGACUUUCCUUGGUGGGAUGGUGCCAGGCUUGCUGGGGGAGAUUAUCGGUUACUUAGGGAGGAUCUUGUUGUGGCACAAUCCGUACAGCAUGAACUUCUUUUUGACCUACCUCAUCUGCCUCACCAUCGCACCCGCAUUUCUUACAGCCUCAAUCUACCUCUGCCUCUCACGGCUCGUUACAGUCUGCGGUCCUCAGUACUCCAGACUGGCCCCACGCUCCUACACUUACAUCUUUAUCGGUUGUGAUCUUUUUGCACUCGUCCUACAAGGUGCAGGCGGAGGCAUAGCAUCGACAGCCAGAACUCACGCAGGAUCGGUCAGUGGAGCUCACGUUAUGGUUGCUGGCCUAGCCUGGCAGGUUGUGUCCAUGACGCUGUUCAUGGCGCUGUGGGCCGAUUUUGCGAUUAGAGUGCAUAAGGCGAGGGUUCAAGGAUAUCUGAAGAACAGCCAAAGUGAUGAUUUUGCGGUGCUGAGGGAUUCAAAGAAGUUCAGGCUUCUACAAGUUGCUAUCGCUCUUGCGACCGUCAUGAUCUAUAUCCGCUCCAUCUACCGUAUUGCCGAGCUUCAAGGAGGAUUUUCGGGCAAGAUUGCCAACAACCAGGCUUCAUUCAUGAUUUUUGAGGGCCCGAUGAUCAUCAUCGCUGUCACAGCUUUGACAGUCUUUCACCCAGGUGGGGUGUUUGGCAACCUGUGGAAAACGAGUGGCCAUGGCAACAGGGGUGCCGCAAAGUACCCAAAGAGUGUAGCUAUCAUGUUGGACGGCGAUAACGAGGAGUUGACCCAGAGGGAGAGGAAGAACGGCUUCCAAGUCCGAGAGAGGGGUCCUCCAUUCUGA